CAGUAGUCUCAGACCCGUGGUUGGGUGAGGAGCGACUCACGUCCGAGCUUUGUCCCAGUCGCGCUGGUGCGACUAUUGGAGUAUACCGCGGAUGCCAUACCUGCGCGCCGGUGGCCUCAACGGCGAAUAGGACAGGGUGCUUCAGUGUAACCUGACUUCCCGAAAGAAAUACCACCACGACUUGCCGGCACAGGGCGGUCUCGACUGCACAUCUGGUCACCCUGAAGACAUCGAUCUCGUCUCAACUACCCCAAACCUGAGCACAACCCUCGAUAGGAGUUCAAAGCGGAGCUACCUGGCAAGCAGCAUCCAGUCGACUAACGCGGGAUGUACGACGUCCAAGUUCACAAGCCGUGCGCGGUGCCGGAAUCAUACCAGACAAUGAGUCCGAGCUCGUGGUUCGGCCCGGCGGCGGGCUCCCCCGAACAGCAGCCUUCAUCCACGUACCGGGGUCUGUACGCACUGACAGUCCGCUGGCAACCCCCUGCACCCCGAGGGGAAGCGCCCAGGCACCGAAAAGACAGUUCUUCCCUUCCGAAAGAUCCGCGUCAGUGGAGCCGGGAGGACGUGGCCGUGUGGCUCGUGCAUGUCAUGGAUCAGCAUCGGCUGCCCGCUGUCUCUACCGACCGAUUCCUGAUGAACGGAAAAGCGCUGUGCCUGAUGGACAUGGAGAUGUUCGUGCAGCGGGUACCCCUCGGUGGCAAACUGCUCUACAAGGACUUCCAGCUCAGGCUCAGCAACGUGCUCUACAACUGAACCAGGAACACUUGGAAAACCAACGUUUGAUGUUGCGCAAAAGACUUAGCAGCGGUGGCCCCAAGGCCCGUCGCAACACAAAAACCGUCCUCCUUGCAGCACCUACCAGUGACUAUUUACCUUGGCUAAAGCGAGUGCCAACAAGAGACAAACACAAGAUAGCGCUAGCCACGAUGUCAUCUUGUGAAUAUGAAAUUACAAGAUGGGUGGUACUGGCAGACGGCUCGGUGACGAACAUCAGAGCGAGAAGUCAGCUUUACAAGACACGUCCUCUCAUACACGUACAUGAUUUGCUACAAUUUCAACGUGGUUCAAGGCCCAACUUCAAGGCUUACCACUUCCAGGGUUGUGUUCACACAGAGGGCUUUCCCGGUCCUCUUCCUAGUCAAGCUACUGCGGUCGACAACUUCGUGGAUCUUAUCUGACCACGGUUUACAGUGACGCAGACCACAGCGACGUUGACAUUUAAGCCACUUGUACAUAGAUGACUUUCAUUCUUGUACUGAUAGUCAACCUGUCACCACUACCAUUAUUUACAGUAAAUAUAUAACUUGGAAGUAAUCAUUCAAGCCUUAAACGAUUCUAUAUGCCAUCCUGGUGAAGACAUGUUCGAGGAAGGACUGACACCCAGAGAAACCACGACAUGUGUGAUACUGGAUAACCAGCGCAUGUUGAUACACUUCUGCAGAGACACAUGUACUUCCUGUGUAAAUAGAUGUGGUGAGGUUGGUGCAAAAGCCUCUGUGAAGGAAGAGCCCCCUCAACUUUUGUGAACGUAUGCUUUUGUACUUUUAUAAAAGUGACAACCAGUAGUAUAUAGACAUUUGUAUAAAAAAAGCACCCGUGACCGUAUCUCAUCUUACAUAUAUGCAUUAUAACUACAUUAAAUGUCUUUCACAGUCCGAA